CGAAAACAAAUUUCGCCACGAUGCGUUGCUCAUUUUUUACACCAGCAUUGAUCUGAUAUUUAAGUUUAUUCUCGACGUUUCUUCGACAUUUGAAAUAAUUUUUGAAAGUUUUGGAUUGGACAAGAAAUGCAAGCAGGAGCAGAGCGUCCCUUUAUUAUCCGUCAUUUCACUUCAAUCACUCGAAUAUUUGGACUAUUCACAAGUGCAGGUAAAUUAAAGCUUUGACAGUAGAGACUGAUCAGGAUUGCUCUAUUUUCUUAACAUUAAUGAUUGAGUAAAUAAUUUGAGUGCUAUUAUUUUCGCAGUCAUGUCAUAGGGCGGGGAAACAAUUUUAUUCUUUUUCUUGAAAAACUUGAAAUACAACAGCUGAUCGUGUGAAGUUGACUUGAAAGGGAUUUAUUUUGAUCAUAACGCAGUUUUACGCCGCGUGUAUUUUAACAAACUUAAAAACCCGGAUGCCCUAGAAAUUCUAGUUCAAAGAUGCCCCUCGCCUGUUCUCUAAAUUCCAAAAUUCGUUCCAUGAUAUGGAAAUGAAAAUUUUUGAAAAUAUUGCCUUUUGUUUUUAAAUUUUGUCAUCAGGUCUGUGGUGGACGGGACUCUAUUUGGUUGACAGUGCAGACAAAAGAAUUGCUGCAUACCUAAUGUAAGUGAGUUAUGUUGGGUCAAUAUUUUAUUCUUUGACGAGUAAUUCUCCAGAGUGAGUUCUCUGUCUCACUGUUUAAAGCUGCUGGGGAUAUUUUGCUGAAAAAAGCGGUACUUUUGUUAACUGUAACUACAUGUAUUCAAGUUUCAAAGGCACUGAGUGUUUUUCAGAUGAGCAUCUCUGCUUUGAUCUUUGCUGGUACAAUUUACAGAUUAGAACUUAUUUGUCACAGUUUAAAGGUGUUUUGUUGCAUGAUCAGACAACAUUUUUAUUGAUUUACCACAAAUUUUGUUGAAUUACCACAAAUGCAUACAUUUGUCAAAAAUGUAAUGUUCACAGCCUUUCAGAAUCUGAAAAUGGAAUUUUUCUUUUUAUUGUCACAGGCCACAAUGUACUUAAAUUUGGUUAAUCCAUACUCUACUAGUCUUACCCCCGAUAAAUACCAUAAAUCCACUGUAAAGCCCCACGGGGGGCUUAUUAGUUUCAAACACAUUUGACCAGCUAACAUUUUGUCUUUUAUAGGAUUUGUGGAACAGCUGUGACAUUUUUUGAGUUCAUGUUUAUUCUGGACAAAUGCGUUUGUUGCAGGUAAUAAAAAUGUGAAGGAAGAAAAAUUUGCACUAAUAUAUCCUUUCUUUUGACCAUGGUCGAAAUGAAUUUAAACUCCUAACUUGUGCAGGUAGAAAAAAUCUUUCAAACCAUGCCCAAAUAAGUGUGAUUCAGUGAAAUGUGCAAAAGAAAAAUUUAAAAACCAUGUAAAUAACAUUGAAAAAAUUCCAUGAAGAAAGAAAAGGAGGGAAUGAUCCUGGUGUUUCCAAAAUAUUUUUCCCACAAAGUGAAGCCUUGUAAAUGUCCAGCAAAAGGAAAAUACGGGGAAAGGAAAUGAAAAGAAGUGAGGAGGAGAGAAGAGAAAAGAUAAAAGUUGAGUGGCAAUGCAUUCAGGACUCAUUUUUACAGGGCUUCUAAUAUUUCGCGCGGUCGCAGAGCCGCGAAAUUCAGGUAAAUCCGCGAAAUUCACAAAAACACGCAAAAUACUGCUAAAUUCGGUAGAAAUCGUAUCAAAUACAUGUCUGUACAGCAAUUUUGAAACUUGCCUCAGCUACUGGCGGUAUUUACUUGCCGUAAACUCGCAAAUUUAUGUCAAACCUUCGUCACUGAAACGUGGAAACAAUGUCCCGAAACUACCAGGCGUAGAUUAUGUUGCGAAAAACUGGGCACUAGCCAUGAUGUUAAGUCUUUUCCAUUGGUUCAUUUCUAGAGCGUAUUGUUGUUGAAAGAGCAAAUGAUGAUGUCUGUUAGAAAAACAUUAAAAACGCUGGUCUGAUCAGCGCAAAACCGAUCGAUAUGUUGCAAAAUUUGCCCUGAAAAUGACCACAAAAUCCGCCGUUUUUUUGCUGAUUGCUUUCCGGCCAAGUUUGCCCUGAAAAUUCCCACGAAAUUCCCGCGAAAUCGGCCGAUUUUUGCGCAAUUUUGUCCCCGAACAUCCCGCGAAAUUUGACUUUUUUUUCCACGAAUUAUCAGAAGCCCUGUUUUUAGGUAGUAUCGCUUCUUUCUGGCCAGUAGUAGUGCUGUCAACUCUCUUGGAUAAUCUGGGAGACUCCAGAUUCUAGACCGUAUCUCCUGGUCUCCAGGUUAAAGUCUGAAAUCUCCUGGAUAAUCGCCAAAGUUUGCCAUUUCUUGUAGACUCGACUUUGCAACAAUGAAAUUUGAAAUACAUGUAUUUUCUGUUGUUUGAGCUAUUUUACUCUUAACAUUGAACGUUUCCUAUAUAAACUCUGGUAUGCCCAGUGAUUGUAAUAUAAGCAAUAAUGUGACUGGUGCGAAGUAAACCAAUGAGAUCAAAUGUUACAAUGCUAACAACAUCUUUUUUAAGCAUUUUGUGCCAUCACAGAUAUUCAUGAUGAUCGGAGUCAAUGAGUAUUUAUGCACAGAUGAUGUCAUGUGCCGUGCAUUAUGAUGUCAUCUAUCGUCCCCUCGCUAUGCAAUUCUCAAUAAUUAAAAACGUGGGGGGUUAACAGCCCAGCCAGUAGUGUCCACAAAAUAGCUUGACUAGCUUCCAUAGCAUUUGAAUUUUCAGGGCUGAAUAGAUAAAGUAGAAGUGACCCUUGUACUGAGUACCUUAUUGGUACUUAAUUUUGUGGGUCUUUAAUUUCCUGUUUUUUGCGAUAAAUUUGUAAAAAAAAUUCAUGAAAUUAAGACCUGCAAAUAUAAAUCCUUGCAAGAAUUUAAGCUUGCAAAAUUUAAUACCGACAUAAAAAAUCCAAAACACAGAUAAAAUUAUUGGCAUAUAAUAGCAACAACAUAUGCAGGAUGCGAUAUGUUUCAACAAAUACACAAAUUGUCGACUGAUUUUGCUGGUAAACUCCAUACCUUCAGUGGUGAAGUAAUGUUGAUUUGCAAAAAUUUCACUCAUCAGUUGUUCCAUGAGUUUGUUUAGAGGUUUUAAAAAGUUAAGACCUUUUGAAAGAUAAAAAAAAGUUGAGAAAACUUAAAUCACAAAAUUUGAUGCCUUUUUAACAUAAUAUUUGCCUGUUGAAAUCGAGAAACUAUAAAAACAUGGCGAAAUACCAUCUCUCAAAAAUUGCAAAACUAAGUACAAUAAGCAACAUGUAACUUUGACUGUUUAACUUUGUUUUUCCAUAGAUUCACAACAUAAUUUUACUUUUAUUUCAGGGAAGAAAGCUGUGCUCACACACUGUGGAAGUACUUGUUAGCUGUUGACAACUGGAAGAAAACUUUGUUAUAUGGUGCUUUGUCAAUUGUCUGCUACUUGCAUCCUAAUGAGUACUGGCAAGCUGCGAUUGCAGGGGUUGCAUUAGACAUCACAGCGAUAAUGUACUUGAUACGAACAUUCAGAACCAGAAAUCACAGUGAACCCUAUAAAUAUAAACAACUGGAAGUCAGAUGAAAAAUAGAUUAUAGUUUAUUUCUCAGUUUCAGGACAUACAAAGACAAUCUGCAGGUCAUAUAUUUUAUAAAUAAUAAUGUAAUUUAAUUGGUUUCAGAAAAUAUUUACAGUUAUUGUUGUCCAUUAAAGGAACGUUCAUGUGUAAACCUUGACUGGAAUUUCCGGAGAUGAGAUAAGGAGAUGGGGCUUUUACCAAAAACGGUCUGUAUGGGCAAAUUUUUUUUUCAUUUUCUGGGAAAACAAAAUAAUUUAUUGGAAAUAAUGACAGGAUCUGAAAUGCGCAUGAAAUAAUGAGCUUGUUUUUAUUUGCUUGCACUAGAAUAC